UGUUCAGCUGCAGACUGUGGACUCUCAGUAAACACUGGCAGUUAGUCAUUAACACACCAGAAACAGAGCAGACCAUCGUCUCUGUCCACGGCUUCGAUUCUUCACACCUCUUCCUCUCUUUUCGUCCCACUUUAACUCGGUUGGACUGAGGUCAUGUCCCGCCUCGCUCUCUGCCUGUCCGUCAUCGCGGCUCUGUGGUCGGCGUCAGUGCUCAGUCUGUCAGUGUUCUCCGACCCUCCGACCGCCCACAUGCUGCUGCGCUCUCGUCGGGCAAACUCCUUCCUGGAGGAGCUGAAACCUGCUUCGAUGGAGCGUGAAUGUGUGGAGGAGAAAUGCAACUUUGAAGAAGCCAGAGAGAUUUUCCAAGGCCUGGAAGCUACCCUGGAGUUCUGGACGGUGUACACAGACGGGAACCAGUGUCGCUCCAAUCUGUGUGUCCAUGGAGCCUGUGUGGAUCUGUACCAAGCCUACGCCUGCCGCUGUAACCAGGGAUACGAGGGCAAAUACUGCGACCAGCCUCAAACGGCCUCGAACUGCUCGGUGGAUAACGGCGGUUGUGACCACGACUGUUCGGAGAGCGAGGACGGCCUGAAGAGGAGCUGCAGCUGUGUGAGUGGAUACAAACUGCACGACAACUCCAGGGUGUGUGAACCCAAAGGUCGCUCAUCCUGCGGUCAGCUGCUGAUCGGCAGGUCGUCAUACACCAAACCGAUGGACGGCCUGCUGCCCUGGAUGGUGGGAGGGGAGGUGGGGAAGAAAGGAGAGAGUCCCUGGCAGGUGCUGUUACUGAACGCCAGAGGGAAAUUCUGCUGCGGAGGCGUCCUCAUCGAUGAGAACUGGGUCCUGACCGCUGCUCACUGCCUCGAAAACAACCUGAAAUUCAGAGUACGGCUGGGUGACUACGAGCGUCACAGAGAUGAGGGCACCGAGGUGACCCUGAAGGUCGUCCAAACCUUCAAACAUCCAAAUUACGUCUGGUUGGCAGAUUUUGUGGACAACGACAUCGCCCUGAUGCGUCUGGAAAGUCCCGCCCCCUUGUCCGAGCACAUCGUGCCCAUUUGUCUGCCGGGGCGCGAGAUGGCCGAGAGGGUGCUCCACCAGAACGGCACCCUGACCGUGGUGAGCGGCUGGGGCAAAGAUGACUUUGACAGCAGCCAUUACAGCUCAGCACUCAACAUCAUCAAGGUCCCGCUGGUCGAACAUGACAUCUGUGCCCGCCAGAUGACCAACAACGUCUCCAACAACUUCCUCUGCGCUGGGAUCCUGGGACAGAGGAUGACGCUUGCGCGGGACAGCGGCGGACCGAGCACUCUGUACCGAGAAACAUGGUUCCUGGUCGGCCUGGUGUCCUGGGGCGAGGAAUGUGGCAGGGACGACAAGCUUGGCAUCUACACCAAGGUGUCCAACUAUUAUGAUUGGAUCAACAGUGUGCGUGAAGAAUGGGACAGAGGUCACCAUCCACAAGUAUCCCCGAGUGUCUGAACCAACUCAGCCUACAACAGUUGAUCCAGUUUUGGUCUGAUAAAACAAAAA